AUGUUAGAGCAAUGCCGUAUGGACGUACGCUUUCAUCUGGAAGGAACGCCUUAUGUCGCCGAUGACACCAUAGGUACAGGCGCCUAUGGAGUUGUAUGUAAAGCAAAGCACCUGCCUUCACAACGAGCCGUGGCUAUCAAGAAAAUUCCCCGCGCUUUUGCAGCGCAUACGUUGGCGAAACGGUCGUUACGUGAAGUGCGCAUACUACGGGAACUUCGACAUGAAAACAUAAUCGCCGUACUCGAUAUGUUCACUGCCGAAGGCACUCAUGGCCGUGAUAUCUACAUGGUAAUGGACCUUAUGGAAACUGAUCUGCAUCAGAUCAUUCACAGUCGCCAAGCGCUCGUCGAACAGCACUUUCAGUAUUUUCUCUACCAGCUCCUCCGAGGACUAAAGUAUCUGCACUCGGUUGGUAUUGUACAUCGAGAUCUGAAGCCUUCAAAUCUUCUGGUGAACGGCGAUUGCUUGCUUCGGAUAGCUGAUUUUGGUAUGGCACGGUCCACGGAGCAGACGAGGCCUACCACUGACAAAUUUCUCACGCAGUACGUCGCUACCAGGUGGUAUCGUGCUCCUGAACUCCUAUUCUCAAUGAUCGAUUACGAUACCAAGGUAGACAUGUGGUCAGCUGGAUGUAUAUUCGCCGAGAUGAUCAUGCGACGACAAAUCUUCCCGGGUAAAGAUGGAGUGUCCCAAGUGAAGAUGAUUGUGUACUACUUGGGAACUCCUGAAGAGCGAGUGAUGUCACAGAUCACAUCAGACAUUGUCCUGGGAUGGAUAGAAAGCUGUGGGAAGAAAGAGCCGCUUCCUUGGUCGGCGAUUCUUCCAAAAGCAAGUGCUGAAGCUUUGGAAGUGAUUGAUAGGUUACUUCAAAUCUCGCCGUGGAAUAGAUCGAAUGCCGAGGAAGUCCUCGCUCUACCUUAUCUCGCCACAUAUCACGAUCCAGCAUUUGAACCCACCUGUCCACUAAAGGCCCGAUUCGACGCCGACGCUAUAGAAGAGCUACCCGUCAACAAACUGACUCGAAACAUCUGUGCGUGUUCAUCGAAGCCAGCCUAA